AUGACAGGUUUAUUGAAGAACCAUGGCAUCAUUCACAAGGUGGUGACGGCUUACCAUCCCCAAACAAAUGGUCAAGCCGAGGUGUUUAAUAGAGAUAUCAAGCGCAUACUUGAGAAGAUUAUUAAACCUCAUAGAAGAGACUGGAGCUCUAGGCUUGGAGAUGCGCUAUGGGCUUAUCGGACAGCUUACAAGACACCCAUCGGAAUGAGUCCGUUUCGCCUAGUCUACAGAAAGGCUUGUCACCUUCCGGUAGUGGUGGAACACAAAGCUUACUGGGCUGUGAAGGAAUGCAACUCAGGAUUGGGAGGAGCCAGAAUUGAGAGAAAGUUACAGCUGGAGGAAUUGGAGUGCCUUAGGCUAGAAGCGUAUGAAAACUCAAGGCUCUACAAAGAAAAGGUGAAGGCGGUGCAUGAUAAGAAUAUCAAGCGGAGAGAGUUUAGAGCUAGGGAUCAAGUCCUUCUCUACAACUCAAGGUUAAGGUUAAUGCCGGACAAAUUGAGGUCAAGUAUGACAACCGCGAAAGGAAAAGAGAAAUCUUCUAAGAAAACGGUUUUUAAAAGGCAAGCACCAAAGUCACCCACAACUCGGCAGCCUUCUAAGAAAUCAAAAGUGGAUAUCUGCAUUGAUGAGUUAGACAAGAAGAUUCCUGCUAAGGACACUGCGUGA